CGAGUGCAAAUUACCAUCCUCGCUACUUUCCAACCCAAUUUCAAUCUUCCAUGGCGCGAGGACUUGAGGCUUUCUUCUGAGAGGCGCGUUCCUCCGAGUGGAGUGCUUGUGGCAGAUUUAAAUGGAUAGCGAUGGCCCGGUUCUUCCUCAAGAUAUCAUCACCAACAUCCUCAUAAGGCUUCCGGAGAUUAUGACAAAUCUGAUUCUUUUCGUAUAUGUUUGCUCGAUCGUGAGAUGCAAGUCCUUGAACUUCGGAACGAUGCUUUUAUCGAUCCUAUACGGCGUCCUUCGAUAUUGGGUUCCUGCAAUGGCUUGAUCUGUCUUAGACUCUCUACUUAUCGUAUAUCUCUUUGCAUUUUAGUAUGGAAUCCAGCAGUUAGAGAGGCACGGGUGACUGGAGCUCUUAGUUACUCAGAGAAUAACGAUUACCGCGUAGGAUUUGGGUUCAGUCCAACUGCUAAUGAUUACAAGAUAGUGAAUAUUCGUGUUUGUUCAAUUGUUGAUCUGGUUAAUCAAGUGGAAGUGCUUACAUUAAGCACAGGGUCAUGGAGGGAAGUUGAAUUUGGGAGCUUAGAUCGUGUAGCUGUGCUUUCUAACGGUUACAAUACUGAUGGAGCCAUCUUCUGGGAUGCGGUAAAGCUUGGUGUCGACGAGGAGGGUGAAGAUGAUGUUGAAGUGAUAGUCUCAUUUGACAUAGCCAUGGAAGUAUUUACAUUGAUACCAAUACCUUCUGCAUCCUCUGCAAUUAGUAUUGCUUAUGAGAACAAGCUUGCUAUGCUUUCUCAUGAUACAAGAAGAGACUCCCAAUCAUCUUCGAUUCAUUUGUGGGUGAGGGACGAGGAGGGUACAUGUGCAUCUGGAGAGGGAUGUAGUUGGGUUAAGAAAUGUACUAGCAACCCUUAUUUAGGUAGCUUGUUAGGUCCAGUGACUGUUUGGAGGAAUGAAAUUGUCUGCAAUCUUUAUCCAUCGUGCAGGCCAGUGGAGAAUGAUGAACGAAAAAUUGUCUUGUUCAAUCUCACAACUAAUGAAUUUAAGACCUUUUAUAUCCGCAAAUCUACCCUUAGUUAUAAUAUUUUUAAUUAUGCCGAAAGCCUUGUGCCAGUUGGUAACAUCCACAUUGAAUAGCCUUGGUACUAAAUCUUCAUUAUUAUUUGGCAUUUUUUUCUUUGUUUAAGCACUUUGGUGAUAAUGAACCUGUAAGAGUUUAGUUCAUUCUGUAA